CCACAGCUUCAACUAAACGCGAAUAUAUGUCAGUUAAUUUUAAUAUUAAUUAAUAAAACAGUUCAGAUUUUAUAUAUAGAAACAAUGGAUUUAUUUUUUAACAACAAAUGUCACUACAGCGGUUGUGGUGAAAAGUUCGGUAGUCUGACUAAAUUGAUUCAGCAUAUAGAGCGUGUCCAUAAAGUAUUGCCUAACAAUAUCAAUGACGUGAUGAUGCGUCCUCCGGUUCAUCGCAUUAGUUAUGGAUCACGUCAUCAACCAUCAGUAUCUCCACUAAACAACAUUAAUUGUGAACGUCCAAUUCAGAUGAUGAAUGAAAUUGGUGGUGCUUCUUCAUUGCAGUCUGCGUUGGCUACUGAUAAUGUUGGUAAUGGUGCUGCUUCGUCAUUGCAGUCCGUGUUAGCACCUGUUAUUGUUAACAGUAGUGCAAAUUCACCAUUUCGGGUACCAAUGGCUUUCACAAACAGCAACAAUUGCGUACCACCGUAUCAGUCUGUCGUUGCACAAGCAAAGCACGGUGCAAUUCCCAAAGCGCGGAUACAGUCAAUGGGACUAGGUGGUAAUCGUGAUGCUGAAUCAUUUAAGAAGGAUAAUAUUCCAUCAUCAUCAUCGGCGGUAAAGCGAAAAAGUAACAGUUCUAAAAUCUCAUUCUCAAAGAAGAGAAUCUCAUCUAUUAACCGUAAUGUUGAGCCAUCUAUGCCAAAGUCAAAUGAUGUUCCAACACAACCAACCUCUAUAUCAUCUCCUCCAAAACUUAACGAAAGUACCCAUAUUGCCUUAAGUGGUUUGACCCCGGAAGACAUUGUCCAAAACUCGGUUCUAAGGGCGGAUCACUCGCAAUUAAAGCCAUUUCCUUGUCCCAUUCGUGGUUGCAAGAAAAGGUAUAAAAGUUUGAACGGGAUUAAGUAUCACUCAAAAUCUUAUGAAAGGGAGUUGAAAAAAAUUCGGUUGAGUAUAAAUCGGAUUAAUAACUACGGCAUGCAACAAACAACCACACCUUGGAGAGAUCUCGAAGAAAAAAUGGAACAUGUAAAAAUGUUUUUUUAGUUGACUUACGUUUGCGUUAUUAUAUAACAUAUUAUAUAUAUAAUAAGAUAUUGUAACAUUGUUCAACUGAAGCUAUGU